UUGAAUUAUGGUUUUUGUAUGAAUAUGUUUGCUUAUAUUCUAGUGACAAGAGGCUUAUAUUUGACUAUAAAGGCAGGAUUUGCCUAGGGCAAGAUCAAAAGUGCUGCCACUGAUUAUACAUUCUUAUUUAGUGGAUUUCAAUUUUAUUAUUAAAUGUCUCAAGAAAUUUUGGAAGUCUGCUUUAGGCAUAGUUUGCUGCAAUCUUUUUUUGUUUUUGCAUGCUUUGCCCUUUUUGUGGAGGUAUGAAAUUGACAAUGAUUUCUUGAGAGUUUAUUUUCUACUCUUUUGAACUUUUAGUUCUCUCUAGUCUCCAUUUCAGCAGCAAGUGGCAGUUCAGAAGAUGGCUAUUCUACAUCAGAGGUUAGAAACAAAACGACGUAGUGGUGGGUAUGUUUUUGGUGAUGUUAUUAGAUACACAGUUGAAAAAGAUUACUGGAAACUUGAAAAGGAAAAAAUGCAUAGAAGUUUAGUGAAAUCUUAAUAAAAAUUACCUUUUUAUUAGAGUUUAGAAAUAAGGGAUUUGCAUCCACUUUUAAGUCCUAGAGAGAAGAGGCUCAAACAGUGAUAGAAAAGAUUAGUCCAUUUUCUGAUUAAAUUUAGUUAGCCUUACUCAGUUGCUGUAUUUUUGCUUCAGUAGAAAAUACUAUUUAUAUUUUUAAUUACAAGGGAAAAAUUUUUCACUCUAAUAAAAAUUUUAAACUGGCAGAUAUUAAAGUUUUUAAGAGAAGAAACCAUGGUAGAGUGAAACAUAACUGGUUGAAACUUUGGAGAGUUUUUCUGCCUAUAUACAGAACUUUAUCCAAACCUUCCACAUAGAUAAGGAUCUGUUCUUUCUGAAAAUUUUCUACUAAAAGGCAUCUCAAAACUUAGCAACACAUUUCUAAGAUUUAGCUAUCACAAGCUGCUAAUAAAGUGGAAGGAGAUGUGGCCUAAGGGAGCCUGAAUUUAUAUCCAAGUUCGGUCAUUUAACUAGCCAUGUGAUGUGCAAAUUAUUCAAUUUGCCUGAAUCUUGUGUAAAUACAAAUGCAAAUGAUGGUAUCUCGCAUUCAGUGCUGUGGUGGGGAUUAAAUGACAGGACAUGGAACUUAAUGGAUAUUUGGUAUUUUUUUCUUUGUAUUGGCAGGAAAUGUGGACCUUAACAGCCUCAUCCCAACCCUCUCAUUUUGUAAGCAAGGGAAAAAAAAUCGGCUCUGUAGCAGUGAUCAGUAUGUGAAUUAGAAGUCAUAAACCAUGGUUUGUUUAUAUAUCCCUUACUCUUUCUGAGCCCUUGUCCCCAUUACAUACUUUUAAAAAUCUCUUUUCCAAGAAAAAGACCCAUUCAACAUCUUUUCCAGUUUGCUAGUGUGCCUUCCCAUAAUGCAAAGGCUAGAUAGCAGAAAAACUACAUUUCCCAGCUAUUGUAUUGAGGAUUUGGAUGUGCUUUAGAUUCCACCAAACAGAUGCACUAUUUAUAACACUCGAAAUCAGAGUCUGUAAGAGAAUCAGGUGUGUAAAGCAUUUGUUUCACUGGUGUGAGUCAGCCCCAUGGUUUUCAAACUUUAGCAUGUAUUAGAAUCAUCUGGAAGGCUUAUUGAAACACACAUUGCUGGAUUUUGCCCCCAGAGUUCCCUAUUCAAAUGGUCUGGGGUGGGGCCUGAAAAGUUUACCUUUCUAACAAGUUUCAGGUACACCCUCUUUCAGAGUCUAAAUGUUUUUGCUUUUUGACAUCCCAAACUAAUGGUCAUUUUGGCAGGUUGACUCAUUUAUUCAUUCAAAAAGUUUAUGGUAUGCCUGCCAUAUGCCAGGAUCUCUGCUAGACUCUGGGGACAUCAUGGAAUCAUCCAUCCUGCCUGUGCUAUUGGAUGAAUGGAAAACUCUGAUUUAAACAAAGUACUAACAAGGAAUUGUCCUUGAUUUCUGUACUUCGUAGCAUUCCUCAGAAUUCUUUUUACAUCUUUUCUUACUGUAAAAACUGCAUUUAAGUUAGAAAAUGAAGCAACUGAAAAGGAAAAGGAAAAGCAAUUUCAGUGUACAAGAAACUCAGACCCUUUUGAAAGAAAUUACAAAAAGGAAAGAAGUCAUUUUUUCCAAGCAGCUCAAUACAACAAUUAAUGUGAUGAAGCGAAUGGCUUGGGAGGAGAUUGCACAGUGUGUGAAUGCUGUAGGAGAAGGAGAACAGAGAACAGGGACAGAAGUGAAAAGGAGGUACCUUGACUGGCGAGCACUUAUGAAGAGAAAGAGGAUGAAGGCGAACAUUAAGCUAGUUGGUUCGGGGUUUCCCCUUCCCACAUCCGAUUUAGAUGAUUCUCUCACUGAAGAGAUAGAUGAAAAGAUUGGAUUCCGAAAUGAUACAAAUUUUGAUUGGCAAAAUGUGGCAGAUUUCAGGGAUGCAGGUGGAUCCUUAACUGAGGUCAAAGUGGAAGAGGAAGAAAGAGAUCCACAGAGUCCUGAAUUUGAGAUUGAAGAGGAAGAAGAAAUGUUGUCAUCAGUCAUACCAGAUUCCAGGAGGGAAAGUGAGCUUCCUGAUUUCCCCCACAUUGAUGAGUUUUUUACUCUGAAUUCAACACCAUCUAGGUCUGCAUAUGAUGAGCCCCAUUUGCUUGUAAACAUAGAGAAACAGAAACUAGAAUUGGAAAAACGACGGCUUGAUAUUGAGGCUGAAAGACUGCAGGUAGAGAAGGAACGCCUACAGAUUGAGAAAGAGAGGCUGCGACAGUUAGACAUGGAGCAUGAGCGGCUUCAGCUGGAGAAGGAGCGGCUGCAGAUUGAAAGAGAGAGGUUGAGGUUACAGAUAGUCACCUCAGAGAAACCAUCUUUGGAAAAUGAACUUGGUCAAGGAGAAAAGUCCAUAUAUCAACCACAGGAUAUAGAGACAGAGAAGUUAAAACUUGAGAGAGAACGCUUGCAACUGGAAAAAGAUAGGCUGCAGUUUUUAAAAUUUGAAUCAGAGAAGCUGCAGAUUGAAAAGGAGCGCUUACAAGUAGAGAAAGAGAGACUACGAAUGCAGAAGGAAGGACACUUGCAGUGAUCUAUCUAGAUCUCCAUUUAUCGAUCGUUUGUAAACCACAGACUUAGAUAAUAUAAAAACGGUAGCAGGAUUAGCUGUAUUUUUUUUUUUUUUU